AUGGAUAGUAAUAGCUCAGAGGUAGCUUAAAGAAAUAUAUAGACUGGUAAAAAAACUCUGCAUUUCGGAGCAAUGGUAUACAUUUGCUUUGAAAAUGAAAGAGGAGAGGAGUUUUUUACAACAGCAGAAGGUUUUACAAAAAAUAAAAUUAGGCUUAAAUAAACUCAAACAAUGGAGAAAGAUGCAAACUUUACUUCAGGACUUUUUAAAAUAUUGCCCCCAUUUUAUGAUAAUGAGUAUAUUAAAACAAAGCAAGUUUCUGAUCAAAAGAAGCAAGAAAAAAAAGAAAAGAAAAGAUCUUUUAAUCGUAGAGCUGCAAGAUAAGAAAUACCUAAAUAGAUAAAAUUAAUGGAAGAAGAAGCUCAAUUAAAUUAUGACUAAUAUGAAAAGCUUAAAGGAACACCUGUUUUAUAUGGUCAGACAAUUCAAUUAUUGCACCAUAAUUCAAAUAAAUAUCUAUAAUUCGAUUAGAAGAGUGUUUCAGAUUUUGAGAGCGAUAAUCUGAAAGUAAGUUUAAAUGAAGAGUAUUCUGAGGAAACAUAAUUUAGAAUAUUACCUUGUUUUAGUUAUUAACAAGAAAGUUAAGGACUGAUCUUCGAUCAAGAUACUGUAUAUGUUGUUAGUACUAUAGAUUCUAGAAAUAGUGUUGGUGAUCCAUAUCUUCAUGCAUCUAAGGAUAUUGGAGAAUCUCAAGAUUAAAAUAAACCAAAGAAAAAAGAAAUGAAUGUCUCCACUGACAAAAAAUCUUAAUGGAAAAUAAGAAUAUUCUGUGAUUACAAUGAUGAAAGAAAUGGCAUGCUUUCAGUUUGUGACAUUAUUUGGAUUAAUUACUCUGAAAAAGAUCUAAACUUGUUAGUGUAGAAGAUAACUGAAAAUGAAAAAGAAGAAAAGUAUCUGUUGAGGUUUGAAGAUUGUGAUUCAACUGAGAAGUAUAAAAAAUUCGUAGGUAAUUCAAAUGGUAUGUUUGUUAUUGAAAGCUAAAAUAUGAUGCAAGGAGGAUUAGUUGAAUGGGAUAACAUGUAUAGAUUAAGACAUCUCACAACAAAUUAAUAUCUUUCUUUGGUAGUUAUGGGAACAAAUGAGGUUGUGUAAGAUGAUAGAUGUUUAGUGUUAUAAACAGAUCCUGAAAAGGCGAGCUAUUUCAAAUUUGAAUUGAUUUAUUCUACAUUAAUUUCAAGAAAUCGCAAAAAUUUAACUAAAUACAUGCAAAAGGACUCUUACUUUAGAAUGUCUGUCAAAGCAUCUUCUAGGGGAAUAAAAGGAGAGGAUGAAGAAGUUUUCUGGUUGAAGACAGCUGACUCCGAUGAGUUUAGAGAAUCUGUGAGAGAAUACCAAGAUGUUAUGAAUUUGAACUCUACUGAAAAAUAAAUUUUCCCUGCUUUUUCGACUAUUAAAAAGGAGGAAAAUGUAUUUAAAUUGAAUAAAGCAAGCUCUAACGAAGUCAGAAUGACUGAAUUCUUGCUUUCCUGCAGAAGGACUAUUAAAAAAACAUUUAUGUAUUUGGAUCCAGAAUACAUAUCAUACAUAGACUAGGGAAAAUUCUAACAAAAAUAUAAAAAAUUCCUUGUAAUGGUUGGUAGGUUAGACAGAUGCUUGGUGGAUUUAAAUAGAUUUUGCCACAAUAAGCUCCGUGCUUACUUAUAUAUUGAUCAAGAAUAUGGUUAAAUUAACAGUUUUAUUUAGAAUGUUCUCAGAGAAUAAUUAUUUAUUGAAUUACUUGUAUCUCUACUUGCACUCGCAUUCCCAACUGUUGAAACUUUGAAUGAAAUUAAAAAGUUUGAGGAGUAGAAAAAUAGAAAACUUAAAUUAGAUAGCACAGAAGCUCGCUUAAUUGAGCAAGAUAAGAGUGUUGCAUUCAACCUUGAAAUUUAGGAAGAAUUUGUUAUGAAGAAAAAAAGAGUUUGCACAUUCAUUUACAAAUUACUUUCUAGUAUUUGUUCUUAAAACAGAAAAAACUAAGAGAAAACUUCACAGUUCUUACCUCUUUUUGCUAUGCAAUCUAAAUACAUCCCUGGUUGUAUGGAAUGCAUAUUUUCUAUCAUUAAAGAUUAUGGUGAUUUACUCUAAAAUUAGCUUCAAACUGAUUUAAAUAUUAAUAAUAUCCCUUCUUCUGAUAAAUAGAAAUAAAUUGUAACUAGAAAAUUCUACACCAACAGCUCAGAUAUUUAAAAGAUUAGCUUAAAGUAUGAAAGAAAUUAUAAAGAUGUUACACGCUUCCUUAAGAUAAACCCUUAGUUCUUUAAGUUAGAUGAAAGAUGGGAUAUGUUUGAGUUCUUCUGCUACUAGUUAAUUGAAACUACAGAUUUCAACACUAAAAGAUCCCUUUUAAAAUUUUUAGGAUUUGCUUCAACAGAUAAAGGAGAUGGUGUUAAUGAAAAUUAAGAACUGAUUUAUUAAUAUUUAAUUCCUGAUAAUGAAGAAUAUAUGUAUGAUAAAGGUUAUCUAAUCAGUAUUAAAAGUGAGGGUCCAGAACUUUUAGUUACACACGAAUAACGCAAGUUAGUUGAUAUUGUUAAGAAACAAAGUUACAAUGUUUCUAAAAAAAUGGUAACCCUAGAAUUAAACUAAAAUAACAAAAAAACUGAUGAUGAGAUAUUGAGCUUUUUCAAUGAUUAAAUGGAAUUUUAUUCAAGUAUGUGCAAUAAGAGAAAUAACACUUGGAAAAAGUUUGUAGACAAAAGUUGUAAGUUUGAGUCAUUAGUUGACACUAUUAUUGAAGAGAAGAUCACAUAUGAUAUUAGAGCUAUCAUUUGCUAGCUACUCAAUAAACUUUAUGUAGAUUAAGAGCCAAAAAGAUUAAAAUAUUUACCUGAACUUUGCAAAACUUUAGAAUAAAGAAAUAUAUAAGAUUGGAAUGAGGAAUAAAUUAAAGAGAAAGAAAUAGAUCAAGAGGAUAAUUAAAUAAAAGAAAAGUUGAUAAAUUAUAUUAAAGCUAAGGCAUAAAUAAUAGAAGACAUUUCUGAUGAAAUUAAGCUUGAUAAAUAGUCAGCAACUGUUUUAUAAGAAAUAAAUUUAAAAGUUCAUUAAAAGUGCAACGAUGUUUAUAAUAAUCUUACUUAUGAAAUAGUUAAGAUGUUAAGAUUAAUGAUUGAUUUUGGAAAAUAUAAUAUUCAUGAUGAUAUUAGUAAAUUUGCCAAAAUGAAAGAAAAAUAUGAAAUGCAAUCAGCUGAAUUCUUUAAAAUCAUUUCAAAUAUAUUAAGUAUAUUUGAGUUUGAUAAAACAUUCCCUGAAGCUCGUAAAAUUCUUUUAAAGAAAAGAGAAGAGGAAAAGUAAUAGGCCUAAAAUAAGCUUUAAGAGUAGGGUGUUAAGACUUUGAAAAAAAUUUUUAAUUUCGCUAUUGAUAUUGUUGGUAUUUCAUAAAGCAGCGAUUUAAGCAAAAAGAAGAAGAAGAAAUAAACAAAUUUCGAAAUAAUGACUGAUGAUAUAAAUAUUUCUGAUAGUUUCCUUAAGCAAACAGAUGUUUUGAAAAAGAUUUUACAAAGAUUCUUUAGCGAUAAUUAAGAUGACGUUGAGUUCAAAAUUAAAUAGGAAAUUUGUGAAAUUUUAAAAUAAUUCCUUAAUUACAAACAAGACUACAUGCUUAAUAGAUUAAAAUACUAGUUUAGCUAUUUAGUAACAGAAAAGCUUGAUACUGUUAAUAAAUUAAAAGGAACCUAAGACGAGUAGGCUAUUAGCUAAACUCUCAAAGAAUUUAAAGAUACUAUUUAAAAUAGCAUAGACGCAUUCAUACCUAGUGUACUUUUAACUGGAACUGAAGUAGAUAAAAAACAAGAAUUUGAAAAGUAGUUCUUAUCUAUGAACUUAAAUAACAUCAAUUCCAAUACUUUCUCACCUCUUAACUUUGGUAAUAAAGCAGGAAAAGAGGCAAAGGACGGAGAUAUUAUUAAUAUUAAUAAAAUUCUUGGCUUUUAGAUUUUGCCAAGUUUGAUACUUCUUUUCUGCUUUACUUAGAAUUACUAAAUGGAAGAAAAGCUUCUUUAAAUUACCACUCGUUUUUAUAAUUAAAGAUAAGAGUUUGCAACUCUCGCAUCUCAACUGCUUAUUCUUUUUGAUUAGGAAAACUAGUAAGUAUUAGAAUUCACAAGAAGCAUCAUAACUAGUAGAUUAGACAAAAAUGUAAAUGAAUCUGAAACUUGGAUGAAAUAACUUGAAGAGAAAGAAAACAUGAAAAUAUUAAAACAAACCAUUAAAGAUAUUUAAUUUUUUGCAGAUAUUCUUUGUAUGGGAACUAAGCCAGAUGUUUAAAUCGAUAAUAAAACUGGAGCUAAGUAAUACACCACUUUACAAGCAGACUUAGUAAAGUCCAACGAUAUAGUAAUUGGAUCAAUGGAUGGACAAAAAAAAUAAAAUGGAUAAUUAGAAAUGGAUCCAAUCAGAUAAGACAUAUUUUAUCACAACAAAGUUCAUAUUUUAGCUAUUAGCUUAAUUAAAGAUUCAAUUUAUUUGUUAGAAGAAUUGGAAUAAUAAUGCAAUCACCCUGGAAAUAGGGAUAGCUAAAGUAAGGCAUCUAAGAUUUACAAUGAAAUGAAAACUUUAUUCAAAACUUGUAUGACAUUCUUAAGGAAUUUCGUCUAAAAAAAUAGCGUCAAUCAAAAUCUUUUAAGUGAAUAUUUGGAGAAAUUGCAUAAGGCUUUGCCUUUUGAGAUUGGUUUAAUGGAGUUAUAUUGGGAAAUAUUCAGAGACAAUAAAAAGAUUUGUUUAGAAAAUCAAGAAAAAAUAGCUGAGGAUUUUAUAAGUCUGAUCUAAAAGAAUGGUAGACAAGCUAAAUAUCUUGAAUUCUUUAUCAUUAUUUAAAAGGCUAAUGAAGAGCAUUUAAUUAAAAAUUAAAAGUUUGUCCUCAACUUGUUUUUGAAUGAUAAAUACAAAAAAGAUCUUUUGUAUUUAGCAGAUACAGAAAAGCUGUCAUUCGAGUUCAGAUAAAUACAUCCAAAUGAUGAACCUUACAUGUAUCACUCUAAAUUAUUAUAAGUUUUGGGUAUGACAACAAUAGGAAAAGAAGGUAUGUAUAUGAGUGAAUAAAAGUUAAGAUCUUAAAUAACAUUAAGGUAUGUUUUCGAUUUACUUAGUACUGUAGAUAAUAUGACUGAUUGCAAAGAAGAAGAUUUCUUUAAUGAUAUGUCAGGCGGAAUAGAAGAAGAAUAGUACAAUUUAUUUGACAAUAAAAAUUAAGGAAAUAAAGAAGUGAUUGUUAAUAUUGACAAAAAAGAAGAUAUGAAUGAUUCUUAAUCUAAACAAUCUUUAGAAAUAGAGAAGUAUGAUAAAUUUGAAGAAAACUAAAUGCCAAACAAUCCAGCUGACACAAGAAUGCAUCAUAAACAAGGCAAUCUCUACCAAAGUGUUGAUCCUCAAAAAAUAAUUUUACUCAAAGUUCCUUUAUUAAAUUAUAUUUACUACACUUUUUUGGAAAGUGAAAAAAUUUCUGAUGAAUUUAAUAAAUAUAUUGCAGAUUUUAUCGAUUACAUUCGUUUUGAGGUUAAUCGUAUCAACUUUUCAAAAGAUUUCAGUGAGCAAUAUUAUGAGUAUUUGAAUGCAUUUUUGUUUAUAUUGUGUGCUUACAAAAAAGCAUUUGCAAAUACUAUGCACUAAACUAACAUAAAGCCAGAUGUAAACCAAAAAGAUAGUGACGUGCAUAAUAUCAAUAAAGAAUUAGCAAAUUUAACUAAGGCUAUAUUGGGUAAACAAAUGAUAUUCUUGAAAAAGGAGGAUGAAUUUGAAAACUUUGCAUUCAAAAAUGAAUAAAUAACCUUAGAAAAAUUCUAGAAAUAUAAGUAAAGAUGGAAAAUAUUUAGAUCUCUUGUGGAAGGAUAGAGAUCUAAAGCUAACAAAUUCGAAGAAGAAAAUGAAAAGCUCGAGUAAUUAGAGUUGUAAAACUAAUAAAGUAGUUUGGUCCGUAAAAAGACAGACAAAAAAAUUGUUUAAAAUAAAAGUGAAAAUUUAGGAAAUAAACUACUAAAGUAGAUGGACUUCUUGGGUUUAGGUAAAAAAGAAGUCAUCGAAAUAGAUCCAGAAUGCACUCUCUUCAAGAAUUUAAAUCAUGACCAUGUAAUUUGGUAAAGACUUUGGAGUGUGUUCCUUGAUUAAUUCUUAAAUUCAGCUCAUCUUAAAUAGUAAAUCGAUACUGAGCAUACUAUUUUCGCAUAAGCUCUUGAUUAAGUUGAAAAUAUUUUUAAAGAAUCACCUGUUGUAAGUGAAGUUAUCAAUAAGAAUGAAAUUUUCAAGAAGCUUAUCAAAUAUCUAUAAAAGUCGUAUAAAGAGUAAAAUGAAAUAUAAACUUUUAGGUUGAUUCUUUGCGCUUUAAGAAACUUCAUUCAGCCACCUGAAGAUGAAGAAAAAGAGCUAGACUAAAAGCAGGAAUAAGAAAAGCAAGAAGAAAUGGAGAAUAACUAAAAUUUCUUAAACUAAAAUAAUGCAACUUACAUGCUUAUGAGUUUGUUAAGUGAUCAUAGCAACCCAAAAUAGAAUGAUGCUGUUUUUGCAGAUUUAAUUCAUUUUGGUAUUGUGUUACUUGAAGAUGGUAAUAAUGAAGUCUAAAAGAGUGUUUACACUUACUUUAUGAAUUUUACUUCUAGCGAAGUAUUCUUUAAGAGAAUCCAUACUAUUUUAACAGAUGAAAUAAUUCGCUUAAAAAGAGAUAUAGUAGAUAAUUCACAAGAAAAUAUUUAUUAUUUCUAAAAGUAAAAUGAUAUAGUUUAUAGUAUUCUAAGAUUCUUACAGCUCUUUGCAGAAGGCCACAAUUUAGAUCUUUAAAAGUACAUGCGCUUACAGACUUAGAAUUAUCACAAUUUUGACUUAAUUGAAGUCAUUAUUGAACUAUUAAAUAACUAUUUCAAAAAGAAAUGCAUUAGGUAUAUUAAGAAUAUGACUCAAUGUUUCGAUACAUUGACUGAGUACAUUUAAGGUCCUUGUAAAGAAAACUAACAUGCUCUUAUUCAAGAUAAUUUCUUAGAUUUAGCCUCUAGUUUGUUUGGUAUAGAUGAAAUUAUGGAUGAACUAAAUUAUUAGAUAUAAAAAGAAAAGGAAAAUGAAAAGAAAGAAGAAAGUGAUAUUGAUGAAAAAAUUUAAAUUAAUAAGAUUGAUGAUAAGAAUAGUGAUUAGCUGCCCAGGUGGGAAGUAGCUAAAUUAAAAUAUAAGUGUUCUAUAACUUUAAUAUCUUUACUUGAGGCGAGAUCCAAAGAAGAUGAUAUUGUCCCACGUAUGAUGAAAACACUAAAUAUCGAUAUUAUUAGAAGAAAUAUUACAGAUAUUUAUAACUAAUUUGUUGAUAUUGGCAAAGGUGAAUAUGUUAGCGAUGUUUUCAACCACUUCGAAUUGGAACCAACUGAAGAGAGCAGUGAAUAAGAAAAGAAUCAAGCAAGUUUCAUUAUAGAAACAGGAUUCAACUUGUUUAUACUAUUAAGCACCUUUAAGGAAGUAAGUAAAGAUGAAGAGGAUCAGAUAAUGAAAAAGAAAAGAAAAAAGAAAGAAGGUAAAGAGGAAGAAAAUCUGCUAAAGAAUAAUAUCAUUAGUGAAGUAUUAUAGAUGGUUUUUAAUUUUAUUGCAUCUUUAAAGAAUACAGUACAGGAGUAAGCCAAUAAUUUAAAUAACUUGAUGAAGACUAAACAAAAAGAAAAUUGGCAUGAUAAAAAAAUGAAAAUAAAGUAAAAUAGAGAUUAGUAAUCAGAUACAGCAUUGAAAUUUUUCGAGAAGCACACCUUACACAUAGAAGUUUUAAGAGAAAAUGAUAACUAGCUGGAAAAAGCAUAUUUCUACUUACCUUAUUUCUGUUAAGAUUUAGAUAAAGAUACUAAAACUAAUUUCAAUAGAAAUGCUAACAGAAUUUCUGUUAAAGCAAAAGUUACCUCUUUGGCUAGUUAAUCUGAUGAUCUAAUUUAAAAAAUGAGACACAAUUACUAGCUUCACAAGUGGCUUGAAAAAGUUUAAUUCCUUUUGAUGCUUAAAGAAAAAAUUGGUCUCUUAAGAAAUUUAGCUUUCCUUCUUGCUAUAGCAAUUAACUUAAUGGUCUUAUUUUCAUUUGAAAGAGUUUAAUAAAGUGAUGGUUCUGUCUAGUCGGUCAAUCUUCAUACCGAAUCAGCUAUUUAAAUUUUAGGAGUUAUACUGAUUGUUUUGAGUGUUAUUGUCGUUCUUUAUUUCCUUGCAUUAAAUGCGCCGCUAUUGAUUAUGAAAGCGUGGGAGGGAUUUGAGAAAUACUCACUGAUAGAAUAUACUUAUAGAAUGUUGCUAACAGUUUAUAACUUGUUAUCAGAUUUUUAUGUCCUUUAUUAUGUAAUCUAUGGUUUAACAGCUAUUGUUGGUACGAUUGUUAGUCCGUUCUUUUUCUUCUUCCACUUGUUUGAUGUCUUAGUACGUUUCCCUGAUUUAUUAAAUGUAGUAAAAGCAGUUUGGAUCCCUAAAAAGGCUAUCCUUUUCACAUAUUUCUUGUUCUUAGUGCUGAUGUAUGUUUUUACUUUGUUUGGUUAUUACUGGUUAUAUGAGUCUUAUCCUGGAGAUUUUUGUGAAAGUACAUUUGUUUGUUUACUCACUGCUAUAGAUAGAUCAUUUAAAUUUGAUGGUGGUCUCGGUGGAUAUCUCAAUCCAACUACAUAACAAGACAGCACUGGUUACUUCUUAGUGAGAUUCUUCUUUGAUAACCUUUAUUACAUCCUCCUUAUGAUUAUUAUGAUUAACAUUGUAUCAGGUAUUAUUAUUGAUUAGUUUGGUGAGGGUAGAGAUGAACUGAGAGUUUAUAAUUAAGAUCUAAUAUAUAAAUGUUUUAUUUGUGGUUUUUCAAAUGAGGAAAUAGAAAAGAAUUCAGAUUAAAAUUAAGAUUUUAAAUCUCAUAUCAAGGAAGAUCAUUAUAUGUGGAAUUAUCUUUAUUACAUAGCUUAUCUUAAAGAUAAAACAAAAACUGAAUACACAGGUAUUGAAAGUUAUGUUGCUGAUAAGUUAGCUAAAAAAGAAAUUACCUGGUUCCCAACUAAUAGAGCUUUAUGCAUGAGCAAGAAUGUUUCUGUAAAGUAAAACUAAGAAAUAUUUACAUAACUCUAAGAUAUCGCUAAAUCAUAAGAUAAAAUAAGACAAACAUUAGAUUAAGUAAACACAACUUUAGACUAAUUCUAAGUUGAUAAUUAGGGAGAAGUUUUAAAAAAUUAGCAUAAAAAAAAAGAUGAAAUCCUUCCUUAAAUUUUAAAUUGA